UAGUGCGUAACCCGGAAGCGCUCGUGCGCCUGGCCUAGGCCCCGGCGCGGGAUGGCGGAAUACGAGAGUGUCCAGCGCGCACCGCUGCGAUUGAAGGGGAGUGGUGCGGCCCCGGCGCUUGGGAAGCGGAAGAAGAAGAAGGCGGCUAAGGACAAAAGCAAAAUCCUGGAGCAGAUCGUGAGCAGUAAGAAGCAAGAGGAGGAGAAGAAGCGGGCUCUGGACAAGCGGACCCCUGCACAGCUUGCCUAUGAGAAGAUGCAAGAGAAAAGGCAAAUGGAAAGAAUACUGAAGAAAGCCUCCAAAACUCAUAAACAAAGAGUUGAGGAUUUCAACAGACACUUGGAUGCUCUGACUGAACAUUAUGACAUUCCCAAAGUUAGCUGGACUAAGUGAAUGUCUUCUCUUCCACAGUUUUGGAUUCUAAGUAGACUUUUUAUUCAAAGGAAAUGACCGUGCAAAUCUCUGCUCUCCAAGUUGGAUAUUUUAUUAAUGUUAUAUAAAUGUGCAUUCUGGCACUUUUUCAUUGUUCAUUUGAAACUAUGUUCACAGCACAGCCAUCUUCUUGAACUACUAGUAAAGGCCCUGAGCCUCCACUCAGGUGCAAGGAUAUGGAUCCUUUGCAGAGCUCUCUGCAGGAUCAGGGCUAAAGGUAGUUGAUGCUUAUUGGAGAAAUUUAUCUAGUGUAUUGUUCUAAUAUUACCUGGUAGAUACCUCUUCUCUUUUUUCCUUUGAAAGGAGAACUUUGACAGUGUCCUACAUAAUAAACUUCAUUUAUGAAUUCAA